AUGGGCAAGAUCAUCUUCUACGAGGACAAGAACUUCCAGGGUCGGAGCUAUGAGUGUAGCAACGACUGCACGGACCUCCACACGUACUUUAGCCGCUGCAACUCCAUCAGGGUGGAGAGCGGCUGCUUCAUGAUCUACGAGCGACCCAACUACAUGGGCCACCAGUACUUCAUGAGGAGGGGCGAGUUUCCGGACUAUCAGCGGUGGAUGGGCUUCAGCAGCAGCAUUCGCUCGUGUCGGAUGAUUCCCGUGUACCGCGGCUCCUACAGAGUGCGUAUCUAUGAGAAGCCAGACCUCGGCGGCAACAUGAUGGAGUUCAUGGACGACUGUCCCUGUGUGUCUGACCGUUUCCACCACCGCUACGUCUACUCAUGUAACGUCAUGAACGGCUACUUCGUCUUCUACGAGUAUCCCAACUACAGAGGCCGGCAGUACUUCCUCAGACCGGGCGAGUACAGGAGGUACCGCGACUGGUGCGCCACCUGCGCCAUUGUCGGCUCCUUCAGGAGAGUCACCGAAUUUUAUACAAUUUACUAUCACAGAUUGACCAUCAUCAUGGGCAAGAUUGUCUUUUACGAGGAGAGGAACUUCCAGGGUCGUUCCUAUGAGUGCAUGAGCGACUGCACCGACAUGUCCUCCUACCUGAGCAGAUGUCACUCCUGCAGGGUGGAGAGCGGCUGCUUCAUGGUCUACGAGCGUCCCAACUACAUGGGCAACCAGUUCUUCAUGAGGAGGGGAGAGUACCACGACAUGCAGCGCAUGAUGAGCAUGGGAAUGACGUUUGACACCAUCAGAUCCUGCAGAAUGAUUCCUUAUCACAGAGGACAGUUCAGGAUGAGGAUCUACGAGAGGGAGAACUUCGGUGGUCAGAUGUACGAGAUGAUGGAUGACUGCGACAACAUCAUGGACCGUUACCGCAUGUCUGACUGCCAGUCCUGCAACGUGAUGGACGGCCACUGGCUUAUGUACGAGCAGCCCCAAUACAGAGGCAGGAUGAUGUACAUGAGGCCUGGCGAGUACAGGAGCUUCAGGGAGAUGGGCUGGAGCGGCAUGAGGUUCAUGAGCAUGAGGCGCAUCACUGACAUGUGCUAGACCUUCUGUAUUUGACUCAAGUGAAUAAAAGCAAUGUGUAAUUCAUAA